CAGUCAGCGUCUGUCGGCUGGCACGGGCGGUCACGCGGCGGUCACGGGGUGGGAGAGAGCGAGCGAGAGAGCGAGCGAGAGAGCGAGCGAGAGAGCGACCGUGUGCAGGACAAGGACGCCCUGUGGCCACGUGGCCGAGCUCGUCGCCGUCGUGGUCCCGCCCCGUCCGAGACCCUCCCUCGCGCGCGCAGCGGCUCGCAGCCACGCCAGCCCGCGACUACAGUGUGUGUCACGCAGUGUUCCUCCCGCAGCGCGCGUUCGCCACCCUCAUGACGGCCAGCGAGUCCACGCCAUAGGAGCGCGGGGCCGCGGAGGCCGUCGGUCUCAGCGCGCGUCGCUGGCGCCGCCACACACACCGUGAGGGUGCGAGCGAGAGAGAGAGCGAAGGCCCCGCGCGCCCUGCAACCCCCUCGCCGUGCCAUUGGAUGCGAGGGAGCGAGAGAGAGGCGACCACAGCGGCCCGCGGAUGGCGACGGCAGUGCGUGUCGGUUGACUGCCGAUGGGUGAGGCCGCGCAGACAUGUACAGCGCGGUCGGGGGCGCUCAUAGCUACCGCGGAGAACGGCGGCAGCCCAAGCGCCAACAGCCGCCACCGCAGCAGCAGCAGCAGCAACAACAGCAGCAGCAGCAACAGCAACAGCAACAGCAGCAGCAGCAGGAUGGGGAGGCAUCGGGGGAGGCGGCGGGCGAAGGGCAGGCCGAGGCCGGGGGCGCCGAGAGCGCGCGCCGCCGCCGCCGCUCCAGGCACCACCAGUCCCUCACCGCGCGCCUCAUCAACUACAUCAAGCGCCAGUUCCACCCGGAGGAAGAGGAGGAGCUGGAUGACCUCAACAUCCACGCCGUCCGGUACCGGCCCGAGGAGCUGGCCAAACUAGCGAGGACCACCAAGUUCACGCGCAAGGAGAUCCAGCUCAUCUACCGCGGCUUCAAGCAGGAGUGCCCCACGGGCAUGGUGGACGAGGACUCGUUCAAGCACAUCUUCGCGCAGUUUUUCCCACAAGGAGAUGCCACCCAAUAUGCUCACUAUGUGUUCAACACCAUUAAACAUAACCACACCGGGAAGAUAAGUUUCGAGGACUUCCUCUCCAUUCUUUCCAAGGUUUCUCGUGGCUCUGUCCAGGAGAAGCUGCAAUGGAUCUUUGGCCUCUACGACCAGAACGGCGACGGGCUGGUCACCAAGCCCGAGAUGCUGGAGGUGGUGUCGUCCAUCUACGACAUGCUGGGCAGGAACACCACUCCGAUGGUGGAGGAGACUUCGGCCAAAGAUCACGUCGAGAGGAUAUUCCACCUCAUCGACACCAACCAGGACGGAGUGGUAACGAUCGACGAGCUGGUGGAGUGGUGCUCGCGCGAUGAGCAGAUCCUGCAGUCACUGGAGACGCUGGACACAGUGCUGUAGUGCUGCCGCGCUCGUCGCCCCUACCCCGCGCGACCCAUGCGAUACUCCUUACGUAGCGAAACGGGCGCAAAUACUCCGUGCGCCAUCAUAGCUGCCUUAACUAACUGCGCCCUUGCACCUGCCCCUGCCAUGGGCUCUUCCCUUUCCAGGUUCUUUGACCCCCUUUUCUACUGCUAAUGAGGUACUGAAUGAACUGUGGGAGAAGAAAGUGAGUCUACACAUGUGGUGCUUGUGCCAAGCAGAGAGUAUACGCUGCUUGAUUUGAAUAAUAUCGAAGCUUCCGGAUAAAACCUACAUUCUACUGUUAAAAUUCUUAGGAUAAGAAUGUCUGGUGGUCAGGUCUGCAGUGGUGUUAGUGAACUGUGACGCCGGUGGGGUACAUGAAAAUUGUGAUCGUGAUAGCCAUUAACGUGGUCUAAAGCAUUGAGGUGGCUCAGUUAUUGCUGUGUAGUGUUUUGGGAUCUUUGUUACACUGGCAGUUCUCAAAGCUCUUUACAGUUCUUUAAGGCUUUACAACUAUUGCUUUCAAGGCACUUAUAGCUAUUUGGCUUGUAGUGGCCUUUGACCACAGAAUGUGAAACUUUGCUACUUCAGAAUCAUGAUCUGACUGUUUGUACAUUAUUUAUUUCUUAAUUGUAUUUGAUCCGGGUGAAACUGAGCAAACGCCUCAGUAUCACGGGCUUUGCAUACUCUCUUAGGCCGCAGGGGCCCUGGCACCUUGGCCGCGGAGGGAGUAGGCAAAUCCGCAGCACUGGGGUGUUCGCUCCGUUACACUCGGAACUCUAUUGUUUUAAACCUUCUCAAACUUCUGUUGUUUUGGCUCCUAUAUCAGCUUAGGGGAAUAUUUUAAGUACUAAAUGAAACACUCCCUUCAUCAAUGGAUUGGUAAUGGCUUGGUUUUCAUUGGGUAUACAUAUAUUUUUGAACCAUGCAAUAAAAGCACAAGUAAGCUUAAAACCUAUUAUGACAUUCCUAUUGAUUUUAUACUGAAGAAGCCAACUUGUCUUGGUCAUUUUAACUUCGUAUCAAAUUGUGAUAGAGCUAAUUUCUCUAAUUUGACUAUAAAGAGUUAUUAAAUGUAGUUAUUGUUAAAUAUUUAAUGUAGUUGUUGAAAUGUCUUUCAUUGUUAUGUAUAUUUUAUCCUGAGUUUGUAGAUACUGUUAUAUUUCUUUCUUCUGUCGUUGAGGUGCGAUUCGCGGCGUUUGAAAGAUUGUUGCAGUUGGGACCAAUGCCAAGUGUCAACUGCCGAAUGGUGGUUUACCACGCAAGAAAUCUUGUAACAUUCCAAUGAGAGAGAUCUGAUAUACCUAGGCCAAAAUUGUAUCUUUAUCUUCUUAAUAAAUUGCUAGCGAGAAACAUGUUUAAUUAGCUUAUAGAAAACUUCCGUUAUCUUAACUAAGAGUUUUGAAGGUUCGGGUGCUUCCGGAUGAACUCUUUACAAGGCAGUUCGGGUGGCGUAUAAGUAUAGAAUAUAUCAGGUUUCACUUUAAAUCAGAGGAUACGCCCUGGAAUUGGAACUGUAGGAUAUUUUUUCGCUGAAAACUGUUAAAAAUCCUCUGAAUAGCAAAAAUUUGUUCGUCAUUCGGUACCUAUUCUAUCCCGAGUCCUACCCCUCACCCUCUUAACUCCACCUGAAUCUCUGCAGCUAGCAGUUUACCCCGACGCACCAAAAAUCAUUAAUUGAGUGUAUGUCGAUUGCGAGCAUAUCUGAGAGAGUAGGCACCUGGACUGUCGAUUGCGGACAUUGAGGGAAAAAGGGGGGGGGAUUACGCGGGAGAAAAGAGAAAUUGUCUAUUGCGGACAUUGUCGGGCGGGCGCGUUGGGUUGCCUACCUCCUCGGAGGCUUGCAUGCCCCACUACGCCGAGGACGUAAAGUAAUAACGCGGCACUGUCGACACAGUGCAGAAAGAGCAUCUUUUCAUUACUGAAAAAAGUUAAUGUGGCAGAACGGAUGAGCCAGGGCCCUCCUAGGCACGUAUAGUAAUUUUAUCUUUAAAAUACAAAACGUAUAGCUAAAGUAUCCACUCUAUUUGUGGCCGCCGUCUUUAAAUAACAGGGAGCAAACCUAAACUAGCAAAACUUAUUUCAUACAGUGAAUAAGCAAAAUCACUAUCAGAGAAGCGUUGCAUGGAGCGAUAGCGGACCCCCCUUUCUUUCCUCAAUGACCGCAAUGUACCCGAGCCUCCCCCUCUCAGGUAUGUCCGCAAUCGACGGAACCCUCAAUAAUAAAAUAUAUUUAAAGAACAAAUCUUCAAUUGUUCUACUGGGUUGAUUUCACUUAGGAAAGGUCAUGCCAAAAUGAACAGCAUUUAAAGGAUGUUUCUUUCAUGACGAGUGAGUAUCCACUCCAUUUUCCUUGUUUCUUUCUCCUUGAAAUCUUACAGAACUCUUUGGUGAAGUGAAAUUUUGGUGAGUAAAGCUCUAAUGCCCGUUUACAAGUGUCAGAAAAAUAUAGCCCCAUUUCUCUUUAAAGCAUCAUUUCAUUAACUCACCUUCAGCUUUAACUUUUUUUUUCAAACCUUUUGGUUUCUUUUUGCUUUCUAUCUUUCCAAAAAGGAACAUUAAUCUAAGAGGUUCAAAAUCAUUCCUUGGCCUUUGAUGUACAAAAUUAUUUUAUAUUUUAUAAAAAGAAAGCGUAUAUUUGCUUAGUUCUGUAUGUGUGUACACUUUUUAUUUUUCCCUUCAAACAAUGAUUUCAAUUUAAAUUUUGCUGAGGGAACGGAACGAACAUGUUUAGUAUUUUGUAUUUCCUUAAGUUGGCAUUAGGAAGCUUGGAACCACCAAAUUGUUGCCUAACUUAAUUUAAAUGCACUGAAAUCCUUUCUCGAAAGAGAGUCUAAAGGUAAAGGAUGGCAUUGUUACGUAAUUUUUUAAAUGGAGAAACUGUUGUGUUAUCUUGUAGGUCUCUCACAUCAUUUUCUUGCACUCUGACAUUAGUACAGUAGUUGCAGUUAACAUUUUAAAGUGAAGGGCUGAGUUCAUCUCGUAGUUGAUAUACAAAUGAAAUCAACAGUUGCACGCAAAGAAUGCAUACGACAACCACAGUGCAUACCGGCCCGGGUGUUUCACAGUGGACGCCUCAGUGCUAGUUGCGGGUACCCUCUUAGGCGGCAGGGGCCAUGGUGCAGGGAGUCGACAACACCACAAGAAGACUGCGGCAUCCGCUCUGAUACACCUGUUAUAUGGUCAAAUAUGCAGGUGCCAGACUCUUUACUUUUUAAUACUAAGCUCGUCAUGCAUAUUGUGAUUUUCCACGUUGGCUGACUGCAAGUCAGUUGCCUUUGGUAGUUUUACCUUAAAUGCCAAAUGCAUUUUUAUCAUUGUUAAUUAACUGUACAUAGUCAUAUUUUUUCUCAGCCACAUGUUUGUGCCUGCAAAAAGAGCACUUUUUGCUUGAAGUGUUCUUUAAAAUUAUUGUACCAUAAGAUGUGGAAAAUGUUGUUAAAUACCUUUAGUGAUUUUGUAUUUCCUUUUAGACUUUUGAGCAAAUGUAGCAAAACACUAUCUUAACCUGUCAACUAUUAUCUGUUACUAGCUGUUAUAACUAAUGCCAGCUAAGUCUUGGCUUCUUAUCUAGUUAAAAUUUUAUUAAUUCUCCAGUAAAAUCUCCCACAUCAGGUCAACCUGAAGAAGUGCGUGAGAAAAGUAAAUCUUGUAUGCUUUCCAGGAUCCUAGCCUCGAAAAAAAAAGGGAAAAAGAAAAAGAGGUUUCAAUUAUUAAAAACAAAAUU